AUGGACAAGGCCGAGGAGGUCCUUCGACAGAUGUUUGACGAACACAUUAUGCCUGACUGCCCUACAUAUAACAGUCUGCUCCAUGGAUACCUCUCUUCGGGACAGUGGAAAGAGGCCGUCAGAAUCUUCAAAGAAAUGUCCAGAGAUGGGCAACGGCAUGAUGUUGUUACUUACAGUAUGCUGAUAGACUCUCUUUGUAAAUCUGGAGGGCACACAGAAGCUAGAGAGAUUUUUAAUUCUAUGAUUGAGAGCGGUGAAAAACCCAAUGUCGCCACCUAUGGAAGUCUGCUUCAUGGGUAUGCUACUGAAGGAAAUCUUGUUGAAAUGAAUAAUCUCAUAGAUCUGAUGGUGCGAAAUGGAAUGCAACCUGAUCAUCAUAUAUUCAACAUACAGAUCUAUGCAUACUGUAAAUGCGGAAGGUUUGAUGAGGCAAUGCUUACUUUUAACAAAAUGCGGCAGCAAGGAUUGGUGCCAGACAUAGUUAACUAUGGGACAGUAAUAGAUGGGCUUUUCAGGAUCGGCCGGCUGGAAGAUGCAAUGGCCCAAUUCUAUCAAAUGAUUGAUGAUGGAUUGUCUCCCAACGUCGUAGUAUUUACAACUCUAAUUCAUGGUUUUUCUAUGCACGGCAAAUGGGGGAAGGCUGAGGAACUAUUUUAUGAGAUGAUGGAUAGUGGCAUUCGUCCUACUGUCGUUGUCUUCAAUGCAAUGAUAGACCAGCUCUUCAAAGAAGGAAAGGUUACGGAGGCCCAAAAACUCUUUGAUUUGAUGCCACACGCAGGCGUAAAGCCUGAUGUAGUUUCCUAUAGUACAAUGAUUCAUGGGUAUUUCUUAGCUGGUAAACCAGACGAAGUGAUGAAGCUCCUUGAUGAUAUGCUCUCGAUUGGCUUGAAACCCAAUGCUGUUACAUUUACUACUUUAAUUGGUGGCAUGAUCUCUAUGGGCUUGAAACCCGAUGUUGCUACCUCACACCAUGUGUUUGUGAUAUUGCCUAGGCAAAGAUUCUCGCUGAGGUACGCUAUGCAACAGGUCGUCAGUAAGGUCUGGAAUGGAAAAAAAGAUUUUCCUCAUUUUGAUCUGAAGCUUUCUUAG